AUGCCCGACCCGACUAUGCCUCCGCGCGGUAGCGCCUCGGCGCCCACCUUUGACGACGAUCCGGCGGAGCUUGGCCGAUAUUUUGAGGAGCUUGAAGAGCUGUUCCUCUCGUGCAAGAUUGCGGACGACGCCGAAAAGGUCCGCCACGUCGUGCGCUAUGCCACAGCCAAGCCUGCCAGCACAUGGAAGAUGGAAUCGGCUUACGACGCGAAGGACUACGCUGCGCUCAAGACCGCCAUCUUCGAGAUGUACCCGGGCUCGAAGCCCGAGGCUCAGUGGUCGCGCGAAGACCUGCGGCGCAUCGUCUCUGCACGCGCGGCGAGUCCCAUCUCUUUGCGUAACGAGCUUGGAUCAUACUACCGCGACUUCAAAGGCAUAGCUCAGUACCUCAUCAAGAAGCUCUGGCUCUCCGAGAACGAGGCGAACUUUCUAUUCAUCGACGGCUUCACCGGUCCCUUGCGCGAACGACUCGACUUCCAACUGGCGAUACUACACCCAUCUCAGAACCCGAAUGAGGCUAUCCCGCGCGACAAAGUCUUUGCGCAAGCUGACCAUCUCCUAUCGGCGCGGCAGGGUGCUGUCUUCGCUGCGGAAUUGCCUCGGACGCAUUUUCCCACGCCUGCUGCGGAAUAUCCGCGGGGGAUUUCACCGGCGGCUUCGCCCUCAGCCACAAUCGCGGCGCCUGCCGGCAUGGUCAAAGUCGAAGAUAUUCAGUACUACAUCAGCGCGGCGCUCGCAGCUCAACAGAAUGCGCGCGCACUGAGUGUUCCAGUCCCAGCCAACACCCCUGCUCAGGCUGCCCUCCAUCCGGGAUCACAGCCGACUCUCACUCCUCGUUCGUACUCCAACAACUGCCACAUGUGUGGCAAGCCUGGCUGUCGAGUUAGCUCCUGCCCAGAUGGUCAUGAACUCGUCCGCACCGGGAAGGCUAUACGAAACGAAGCGGGGCGCUACACACUACCGAACGGACAGUUUCUCCCGCGGCACGUCGAAGCGCCAACCAUGCGGGAGCGUUUUGACAAGUUCCAUACACUCUACCCUGGCAACCUUGCAGCUGACCUCCGGAAUGGGCAACGCGACGAUCCCCCGCACAUGGCCUCGCAUUUUUUUGGCAAGCUGGCGGCGUUUAACGAGGGAGAAGAUGAUCCAGUCCAAGACUUCCUGCGCAAGGAACUCGAGCACCUUCCUGCCUCUGAUCCGCGUGUCCAGAUGUUCGAGGCCGCUUUGGAGGCGCGCAAGCAGCAAGUCACAGACGGUGUGAAGGCACCGAGGCGGACGUCCAGCCGCCUCAGCCAGAAGAAGGAGGUCCGUUUCUCAGACGACAGCACGAAGACGACCUCUAGCAAGCCCAGCGAGUCACCCGCUCCUCCCGUCGCCGCACCAGCUCCAGGACCACGCCCGCCAGCUCAGCCUUACCAGCCGAACGGACCUUCAGUUAGCAUACCUCGCACGCCGCCGACCGUCCCUCAGUUCCGAUACCACGCACCCAUCGAGAACGAUGCGAACGCACCCAAUCUUGUCAGACAGCUCCUUGAUCAACCGCUGCUCGUGUCUCCCCGCCACCUGCUUGCAGUCAGCCCUGACGUUCGGAAGGAACUUAACCGACACAUCUCGACGAAACGCGUACAGCUCGACGCUUUGACAACACCAGCACCUGUCGUGUCGACCAAUGACUUCUCGCAAGCCUCUUCUGCGCACUUUGCAGACGUUGACUCACCGCGCCCGGUACCCGUUUCAGUAAGCAACUGUCGCCUGCGCACAAUCCGUCCGCUCGUGGGUGGGCUGAUCCAUCCGGAAUGUAUCCUUGAUACGGGAUGCGAGAUGGUGGCGAUGCGUCAAGAUGUCUGGGAGCAGCUCAAAUGGCCGCUCAAUGUGGACGACCGGAUCACAAUCGAGGUUGCUAACAACACGACGACGCAGUCCUGCGGAUCACUCAAGGACGUCCCCUUCGAAAUCGGCGGUCUCACCUUCCAUCUUCAGGUUCAGGUUGUACCGGAGGCGCCCUGGGAAGUGCUCAUGGGUCGUGCCUUCCACACGUUCGCAAGCUGCGUAACUCAGGACUUCCCCGAUGGCAAUCAAUACAUCACAAUCACUGACCCAGUAUCGCAGCGGCACGUUCAGAUCCCUACGCACGAGCGAAGUGUUCCCCGGCGCCCGCAUUCCGAGGAUUUUUAG